AUGAUGAAGAUGAUGAGAAACAAACCAACGAAUCUUCCAACGGCGGCAACUAACGGCGGCAGAGUCUCCGGUGGCGGCGGCGGCAGGGAGUCAGGCGGUCAUGACUGGGAAAUGAGACCCGGUGGAAUGUUGGUUCAGAAACGUAACCCGGAUUCGGAUCCUGUCGGAGCUCCACCGCCGCCGAUGAUCAGAGUCAGGAUCAAGUACGGUUCUGUCUACCAUGAGAUCAAUAUUAGUCCUCAAGCUUCAUUUGGGGAGCUGAAGAAGAUGUUGAGUGGACCAACAGGAAUACACCAUCAAGAUCAGAAGCUAAUGUACAAAGACAAAGAGAGAGACUCAAAAGCAUUUCUUGACGUUUCUGGAGUGAAAGAUAAAGCGAAGAUGGUGCUUAUAGAAGACCCGAUUAGCCAAGAGAAACGUUUUAUAGAGAUGAGGAAGAUCGCGAAAACCGAAAAGGCCGCGAAAGCGAUCUCCGAUAUUAGCCUCGAAGUUGAUAGGCUCGGCGGACGUGUUUCGGCGUUUGAGAUGAUUACCAAGAAAGGAGGGAAGAUUGCGGAGAAAGAUCUUGUUACGGUGAUUGAAUUGUUGAUGAAUGAGUUGAUAAAGUUGGAUGGGAUUGUGGCUGAAGGAGAUGUCAAGUUACAACGAAAGAUGCAGGUGAAGAGAGUGCAGAAUUAUGUGGAAACGCUCGAUGCUUUGAAGGUGAAGAACUCAAAGACUAGUGGUCAGAGACUUGAAACGAUUCAAGAACAGAAACAAGAAGAGAAACCGUUACAAUCGCUCAUGGACAUGCCCAUGAAUAGCUCACAGAAGAAGCAAGAGAUUGAAGAGGAACCGAGGAGUUCAGGGUCAGGAACUUUUGAGAUAGAUUCCUCUACUCAAUGGGAAACAUUUGAUCAUCAUCCCUUGGCUCCAUUGAGCUCGAAUACUGCAAAUAAUCACGCGAUCCCGCCCAGGUUCAACUGGGAAUUCUUUGAUUGA